UCGUUUCCGACGUCGUCCGGAAGUCGGGCGCCGGUCCCCUUACACUGCGCGGGUGUCUGCGGUUCCUCCUUCGGCUACCCCGGGGCCGAAGUGUACGUCGGGGAUCCCGUAGCCUUCGGCUUGUGUCUCAGCCGAACUACCUGCUCCGUACGGGGCUGCGUGCAGCCUAUGGCGGGGGCCGCCCCGACCACGGCCUUUGGGCAGGCGGUGAUCGGCCCGCCUGGUUCGGGGAAGACCACAUACUGCCUGGGCAUGAGUGAGUUCCUGCGCGCGCUGGGCCGGCGCGUGGCGGUGGUGAACCUGGACCCGGCCAACGAGGGGCUGCCGUACGAGUGCGCUGUGGACGUGGGCGAGCUGGUGGGGCUGGGCGACGUGAUGGACGCGCUGCGGCUGGGGCCCAACGGCGGCCUGCUCUACUGCAUGGAGUACCUGGAGGCCAACCUGGACUGGCUGCGCGCCAAGCUAGAUCCCCUACGCGGCCACUACUUCCUCUUCGACUGCCCAGGCCAGGUGGAGCUCUGCACGCACCACGGCGCUCUGCGUAGCAUCUUCUCCCAGAUGGCGCAUUGGGACCUCAGGCUGACUGCUGUCCACCUGGUGGAUUCUCAUUACUGCACAGACCCGGCCAAGUUCAUUUCGGUACUGUGUACUUCUCUGGCCACGAUGCUACAUGUGGAGCUGCCCCAUGUCAACCUGCUCUCCAAGAUGGACCUCAUUGAGCACUAUGGGAAGUUGGCCUUCAACCUGGACUACUACACCGAGGUCCUAGACCUCUCCUACCUGCUCGACCACCUGGCUUCUGACCCUUUCUUCCGCCACUACCGUCAGCUCAAUGAGAAACUGGUGCAGCUCAUUGAAGACUACAGUCUGGUCUCCUUCAUCCCUCUCAACAUUCAGGACAAGGAGAGUGUCCAGCGGGUCCUACAGGCUGUGGAUAAAGCCAAUGGCUACUGCUUCGGGGUCCAAGAGCAGCGAAGCCUGGAGGCCAUGAUGUCUGCUGCAGUGGGAGCGGAUUUCCAUUUCUCCACCACCCUGGGCGUCCAGGAGAAGUAUCUGGCAUCCUCAGACCAGUCAGUGGAGCAGGAAACCAUGCAGCUGUAGCAGCGAGCUGGGCCCUGCAGAGCAAGAAGCAGAACCCAGCAUUGGAGAAAGUGGCAGCCGCCAAUGACCACGGACAGCCCUGCUGACUCAGAUCGAGAGCAGUCUCCCCAACCAGGCAGAGCACUCACUGCACCCUCAGUGGUUGCUGUUGCCAGGAAUUCAGCACCGGCCCCACUCGGGCUACGAUGGGAUGUGCUACAAACACAAGAGUUUACUUUCUACUCUUUGUGACCUCCAAGCCUUCCUCAACCGUCUAGGUCCAGAGAGUUGGGGCAGAACAAGGGAAUGGGACCUUCCCUUAGAAGAGGCCUAUUUCUUCAUACAGGACGUCGUUCCCGUCCAAGCACAGGACUGUGCUAGAACGGACACUCAGUCUCCGGUGGUGCGGUUUUGUAAAUUCGCAGUUGUAGCAGUGAGCCCGGUGCCUGAGUUUCCACAGGUGAUGCUCCCUGGCAGAUCUGAGUGUUUUAUUUUCGUGGUAUUUAUUUUAUGGUUUUAUUCCUUUGGGGCAAGGGUUAACUAGUUUUCCAUUUAUACUGGUCAUUAAAAGUUUACUUGGAAAUUGCAAAAA